AUGGCGACCGGUUCAACAACGUUCCACGUUGUCGUUUCAGGCAAUAAUAAUUCUGUAUUAGUCCCUUAUUACCCUACUCAACAAUUCGACCUCGACGAUGCAAUAACGAUGCCGGAAAAUCCUUUGAUCCCUGAUAUCGCUCAACGAUUUGACCUCGACGAAGCAAUAACGAUGCCGGAAAAUCCCAAAACCAGGCUAGAAGAAGUCGCCGGUAUGGUUUGCGAUAUGCCGGAGGUUGAUCAAGCCCCCGGUAGCUGUUCAGUUUGUAUGGAAAGUUUCGGAAAAUCCGAGGAAAUUGCGAGACGAGUUUCGUGCGGUCAUGUUUAUCACCAUAACUGUAUUACCAAUUGGCUUUUGAAUGGAAACGGCGAUUCUUGCCCUCUUUGCCGCCGUGAAAUUUCGGGCCGGUCGAUGAUAUGA